AUGAAGCUCAGCAGCCCCAUCACGGUCGCCAGCAUCGUCUGUAGCGCGAUGGUUCCCGCUGUGUCCGCGCAGCUGGGCACCUCCUGCCUCGCGACCGUCUCCGCGUUGAGCGAGCUGCCCGGCCGUUUUAUCCACCACGUGCAACGUGAAUCCUGCGCCGCUGGCUGCCAGCCCACUCCGCAAACGUGGAACCACGCCGUCAGGGAACAUAUCAUCGGCGAAUUGGUGGAAGAUGGCGCGAACUACUGCGAUGCCCACGACACCAAAGAGGCCUUCACUGCCUUUUUGGACAAGCUGGUGUUCGACACUGUCGAGAAGUGCCAGCACAAGCUCCAGGGCAAGCACUUGUGCCAUGACCGUGAAGCCGUGCAGCCUUUCGUCGACUGUGUCAACAGCCACGCGCGGUCAGCGGUCGCCGGCUCUCUCCCCAGCCUUGCCCGCUUCAUGGAUGAGGAGCGAUGCAAGAAAGCCACCGAGUAUUUCACCGGUGAUCAACUGUGGGAGAGGGAUUUCCCCGAGCAUAUCAAGGAAAUUCUCAGAUACCAAAGUAUAAACCACAUAUAA